AUGAUCACCCUCGUCGUAUCCUCAGGUGUCUCUGCUCUGACCAACGGCUCAUUCGUGGGCAUGUAUCACCAAUGGACCGUCGACUCCUCCGGUAACAAGAAAGGAAGCCAUCCUAUCAAUUCCACGUUCGACGUGACGACCUCGUCGGACGCAGAUAAUGACGCCAUUCCUGUGUACGAGAAGGCUGCACACGAACUCCCGUUGGAGAAGGUUGCCCCACGGGCUGGUUCGCUUGCGGCGGGUCAGAGGGAUAUACCGAUUGCUGCGAUAGCGUGA